AACCUUUAGACGCUGCUACAAUGCCAUUUUUGUCCUCUGCUCGAAUUCUGCCCUAGAGCCUUGUUUUCUCCAUCUUUUCAACCGGGUUUAGCGCCUUGGAAACAAUGGACGAGGAUGCAUUACGAGACUAUCUCCCCGUCUCCUUCGGGGGUGGUAGCAAUGACUUUGAUCCAGCAGCACAGAUGGAGACGGCCAGACGGAUAGUACCUGGAGCUGGGCAACCAAAACAAGCCAAAUCUGCUACGUCCAAAAGUGGUAGCGACUCAGACGACGACUCUGAUGACGACGAGGAUGACGACGACGAGGAUGAAUACCCCAUAUCCCAUGAAGUGGUCUUCAAGACUCAUGACCGACCAGUAACUACUAUUACCGCAGAUCCAGCCGGAUCCAGGAUGAUCACUGGCUCGAUGGAUUGCACCAUCAAGAUACAUGACUUUGCGACCAUGACACCCACCACGAUCCGAGCCUUCAAGUCCGUCGAUCCUUCUGCGACCAAGCCCGCCACCAAUUCCGAAACCCAUCCAGUCCAUCUGGCCAAAUUCAACCCCAACUCACCCAGUCAAGUACUCGUGAUAUCCGCAACCCCACAAGCCAGGAUCUUGUCUCGAGAUGGCGAAACUCAGGUCGAAUUCGCAAAGGGAGACAUGUAUCUUCGCGACAUGAACAUGACUAAAGGCCACAUAUCUGAAAUCACUUCCGGCACCUGGCAUCCCACCAACCGGGAACUGUGCGUUACCGCUGGCACUGACAGCACACUGCGUAUAUGGGAUGUCAACGUACGAAAUAAGCAGAAAGAAGUCAUUGUGCACAAAUCCCGACUUGCCGGCUCUGCCGGACGAACUAGGAUGACGGCAGUUGCCUGGGGAAGUCAGAUCGAAGGUGGUAGCAGCCUUUUGGUUGCGGCGGCCCUCGACGGGUCUCUCGUCAUGUGGGGUGGCGAUGGUCCUUACCACCGACCCAGCGCCGAAAUUCGAGAUGCUCAUAUGGGAAAUACCUGGACGAGUGGCCUGGACAUCAGCUCCGAUGGCCGACUGGUGGUGACGAGAGGUGGCGACGACACGGUCAAGUUAUGGGAUACCAGGAAAUUCAAGCAGCCCGUCAACACCGUGUCCCACGUGUCGACGUCGAGCCAAUAUCCAACUUCUAACAUCAUUUUCUCGCCCAACUCAUCCUCGAUCCUCACAGGAUCUGAAACCGGCGACUUAUACAUCCUCAAUCCAGCAACCUUGAAACCUGAGGUAGUCACACCAGUGACCCCUGGGUCCCCAUUAAUCAGCGUUCUCUGGCAUGAUAAGCUCAACCAGAUCAUGACAGGCAGCGCUAAUGCCGAGACACAUGUUUUAUUCAACCCCAAGACCUCCACCAAGGGAGCCGUCAUGGUCAUGUCCAAGCAACCGAAACGGCGUCAUCUGGACGACGACCCCAGCUUCACCACCGACAUGUCUCAGGGCAUCUCAGGUGACGCUAUCGUCAACCCCGGAACACGCAGCGAAGCCAUCCAAGGCAGCACAUUCUCGUCGCGUCAUCCGACCAUCGGGCUUACUGCGUCAGGCAAAUCGCGAGAUCCUCGCCGCCCGCACAUGCCGGCCGUGACUCCCUUUUCAAAGAACCAGCCAGAUGAAAAACACAUCAAAGAGCGGAUUCCUCUCAGCUCGAUGCGGGAGGAAGACCCACGUGAGGCGCUUCUGAAGUACGCUGACAAGGCUGAGAAGGAUCCCAUGUUUACAAAUGCCUGGAAAAAGACACAACCUAAAACAAUCUAUGCAGAUGCAAGCGACGAUGAAUCUAGUGCGCCCGCAAAGAAGAAACAGAGGAUGUGAUGCCAAUCAUUUUCGUCUGCACUAUUACAGUUUCUCUUGCUAUGAUGCAUAGCCUGCUAUACUAAUACAUAUGGCCAACACGUCCAGACUUGUGGACCUGACCAGUGGCAUCACAACCAAAGACAAUCAAAGCCGAACGCUUGAGAACGACAACUUGAACCCACACCGUCAAUGGAACGCUAGUUUUGCAGUCAAGACGAUACUUUUACACAAAUCUCUCAUCAUGCCCAGACAGGUCGCCAACAACACCAAACAGUCUCAGCACAGAUGGAGGGAUUAAAGGACACGGUUAGCUGUGUCGCCAACAACGGACAGAAAUGUUCCUAGGCCUGUUUCUCGAGAUCCGGGGGGCCCCAAAUGGCUUCAUGGACACCCUUUCUCGUGGGCUUGAAGACCCUUUUCCAGCCCAUCCAGGGGGUGUUGAUGGGCGAGUCCCCUGUGUAGAUCAAGGCAUCAUAUAAGAAGCCGCCGAAAGUGCAUCCAAUGAAUGGGCAAAUCAUUGGGACCCAGAAAUAAUAAUCUCCCUAGAAGCUCAAGUCAGCUUUAUGCUCAUCUCGGACCGGGGGAAUGGAAAGACAUACUGCCGUCCAGACUUCACGGCCAUAACCAACAAAGUAGGUAAAAAGCCUAGGACCAAAGUCCCUGGCCAAGUUGAUCGCAUAUCCUGUCUGCCAGCCUAGGGUCGCACCGAUGCCAAAAAUCAAGAAGAAAAGUGCGAUAGGAACCAGAUUUCCGGCCCCGAGGUUGGCAUCAUCCUUGAGUGCGAAGAUGACCAGGACUAAGACCGCACUGGCGAUGAUUUCGGAAAAGACCUGACCUGUUUUGGUCAGGAAGGGUUGUGGAUAGGUAUUGAAGACACCAGCGGUGGCGGUGUCUGAGUAGCCUGGAACCGUUCGGAUGCCAUAGCCCUCAAAUUGAUCAAUGGCAGAUUUAUAGUUGCCGUAAAUGACGGCAGCACCACAAAAGCAGCCUGUGACUUGGGCACAAGCGUACACGGGAAAUUUCCACCAGGGGAAUUUGCGAUAUAGACAAUUGACCUGCGAGUAUGAGUUUAGUGUUGAGGGAGACUCAUAAGAAGGCCGGGUUGCUUACGAAGGUGAUGG